CUCUAAGUGUGGUCUUACAUAGGUGGGAUAUAAAAUUCGAAACGUUUCCUCGUCAAAAGAUUUGAACGCUCGGCGAAGUGACCAUAACGCUCGAAAACCUUUGACAGCGGCUGCUUUGCAAUGUGUAGUUGUUUUUAAAUCAUGACUUAAUACUACUCCUAAGUCUCUAUGCUCUUGAACGCAUGGAAGAGGUUUACCCUCAAUAGUAUAACGGUAACUAUUACCGUGACCGAUGUGCAUUAGUACACUCUUCCUAACAUUGAUUUCUAAACCCCACUCUCGAGCCCAUCUAACUAAAUCGUCUAAGUCAGCUUGAAGAUAAACAUGAUCAGCCGCACUUUUUAUUGUUCUCCAGAUUUUUACAUCAUCCGCAAACAAUAAUGUCGACCUAAGUUACAGCGGUAACUCAUUAACGUAGAGAAGGAAGAGCGGGGGGCCUAAGAUGGUGCCUUGGGGUACACCACUUUUGACCGGCUUAACCUCUGUCCAGUGUUGAGAACUGAGGUUUGGAUCCUUCUACCUCAAGACAAUGUAUAUUUGCAAUAGUUUGACAGGUUUUUAAACUAACGGUUGCGCGGUAUGUGUGGCGCACAAAGUUUCAUUUUCAGUUUGUAAAGGACAGGAGUCUUGAUGGCCUGUGUGACUCCUGGCAAUGAUGGUCUCUCAGUUGGUCCAACCUUCUUUUGAAAGUGUCGGUGGAUGGAGCCCCAACCACGUGCUGAGGUAACGAAUUCCUCUCGUUGAUGACUCGAUGGGAAAGUCAAUAUUCAGCUGACAAGUAGUUUGUCCUUGUAAAUUCUCUGCUUUGGAAGACAAGAAAAAUGAGGACAUAUCAGGUGCAGACUUAUCACUAAGCAAUUUGAAAACUGUAAUCAAAUCACCUCUAGAUUUUCGAUAUGACAACGGGAAUAGAUUUAGCUUGACCAGUCGAGCAUGAUACUGUAGUUUCGCUAUUCCGGGAAUCGGCUUAGUUGCUGUUCUCUGAACCUUUUCCAAAAGCUAACUAUCUUUUUAUAGACAUGGGCUGGCCUCUUGUAUGUAGUACUCAAGUUUGGGAUGCACGAAUACUGUAUGCAAAGUCAGAAAGUUUUUAGCGUCGACAUGGUUAAAGGCCCUACGUAUCAACGAUAAGGCUCUAAAACUUUUGGCAUCUAUUGCACGACAGUGUGCAGUAGUCUUUAAGUCUUGGCUGACAGUGAUUCCUAAGUCAUUGUAUGUUUGGACAACAGAUAGCUCAGUGUUAUUCAUCUUGUAUGUAUCUGUACCAUGAUGACCGAUAUGCAUCACAAUACACUUGGAAGUAUUUAUCUGCAACUGCCAAGUUUGAGACCAUUCAGAUAGUUUCUCCAGGUUAUUUGGGAGUUCUAAGCUAUCACCUUUGCUUUUUAUCGCUCUCCAUAUCUUGACAUCGUCAGCAUAUAGCAAGACUGGUGAUGAUAGUAAACGAGGAAGGUCAUUUACAUACAAGAGGAAUGACACUGGCCCCCAAACUGUACCCUGAGGCACUCCGCUGAGCACAGUCUCUCAGCUAGACAACUUGGAGUUCACUCGUACUCUUUGUUGGCGCCCAACUAGAAAGUAUUUUAUUCACAUCAAUAGAUUCUCUCCAACCACGACAUUUCUUAACUUAUAUAACAGCCGGUUGUGCGGAAGCUUGUCAAAAGCUUUGCGGAAGUCAAUAUAGGCUACGUCUACAGGUAACUUUUGGUCCUUAAGAGCUCGUCAGUUUUCACGAGCCACUAAUAAGUUUAUGAGACAAGAAUAACCUAUUCUAAAACCAUGCUGCUUCUCCAUAAGGAUCCGGUUUUCAUAGCUUCUUAUGAAUAAUCUUUUCUAAGAUUUUAACAACCACACUAGUUAGGCUGACGGGUCGGCAAUUCCCAGGUUUAUGUUUCGUACCUGUUUUGAAGACAAGACUUACCAUGGCGUUCUUCCAGUCUUUUGUUAAACGACCCUGGGUUACGGAUAAGUUAAAGCAUAUACUUAAAUGGUUCGUAACGAAGUUAGGUAAUUCUCUUAGUAGCCUAGGAUGCGUCUCAUCGGGUUCCGUGGAUUUACCUAUACCAAGCUUAUUUAGCAGACCAAAGACAUCGAGUUCCUUAAUGGUCACGCUGUCCAGUGUUUGUGUGUGGGGAUUUAUAUGUACUGACGGGAGAAGUGUUUUUACGGUAUAUACAUUGCUAAGGUAGUUUGAGAAUACUUGAGCCUUACCAAAGUCGUCCUCCACUAAUGAUGACGCGGUACUGUCUCUCCAUAUUGCAGGAAUAUUUUCUCUUCUUUUUGUCCUUUGGUUUAUAUAGGAAUACAAGCGUUUAGGACAUUCUAUGGAUUCCUUAACGAUUUUUUCUUCGUACAACUUUCUAAACUUACGGAGGGUCGAGGCAAAGGUAUUCCGAGCUUUGCGAUACUGAGAUUUUGUCUCAUCGGUCCCCAGUAACUUAAAUCUCUCUCACAUUUUUCUUCUCUUACGGAGAAGUAUGCGAACCUCCCUACUGAACCAUGGUGGAGUUUCUCGGCCCCUUUGGCAUAGCCCAAGGGAUUUGGGGUGCGGUAACUUUUAAGUAUAAAUUUCGAAAUACGUUUCAAGCCGUUUCGAUUGAGGACUCUGGCUCCAUUGUCCAAUCUACUGACGAUGCUGAGUGCAUGAUAUCUUACCAUAAAAUGUUAUUUAAUUGUAAUAUGUAUUGUGACUCCCCUGUUUUAGCACUUGCUAUAGGAUGCUUCUUUUGUCAUAUUUUGUAGUGAUGUAUUAAAAGUUUGACUUACUAGUACGUCCCUCUAUAACUUUUGAAAAAUACUCCCUUAACCCCUAUCAAAAUGUGAUUACUUCUGUGAGCUAAUAGUGUACAGGACUUCAUUUUUAAGAGGAGAAAAUAAUUUCAACGUACUACAGUGACUUAAGAUUGAGUGUGAUAGCUGUUCUAGUUCAUGUAAUCAUUAACUAUGUUUUGGAAAUAUUUUGUUGGCACAAAUUUUCACCAACCAGAAAUUCUAGACUUCCUUACUGCGCUCUACAUAAUACUUGUAAUCUCUUAAUGAAGACCCUUAAUAAGAUGGAUUGCGAUCCGUCUCUGUUGCCUAUCUAAAUUUGGAGUGUAGUGAAUUUCCAUAUAUUUCAUUCGUUCCUCUAGAACCAUGUUUAGCAUGUUUCUGUUCUUAAUGUUAUCCUUCUCCCUGUUUCUUUUGUUAGUUUCCUCCCCUUCUCUUUGUGGCAGUGUGGUGAUUUCGGACCAGCACACGUGUGCCAGAUCUUUGUUGAUGUCUACAUGAUAACACCUAGCCAAAUCCGUAGGCUUAUAUUGUUAGUUAUAGUGUUUUUUACAUAUAUCAAAAACAUGUAUGGAUUGGUUAGCCAAAAACUACCUAGUACUUCUGCUAACAGACGCAAUAUGUAAUCACCGCCUACUGCUGUCAUAGUCCCUUGAUAAUGAAACAUUAUUGGACAUUCUUGUUUUCGAGAUUUGUUCAUAGAAAGGUUUUGUCACUGCAUUUGGUGGUAAUAAUGUUUCUUUUUAAAUUAAAUUAAAAAUAAGCCAUCUUUAUAAAUAGAUGUUUUGAGUAAUCUGGUUAGGCGAUGGGCUUUAACUCCUUACCAUAGUUUUUGCAGCGAUUGUAUUCUUGUAAUAAAAUCGCAAAAAUAGCUUCAUGACCCAUCACAAUGUACAGGGAUAGGACUAUCGAGCGUUACUUUGAGCUUUUCGACAAAAUGCACGUAGUUGAAUUUAAAUUUUGUCACCCUCCCACAGUGCCUUAACUGAUCAUUAAAAAGGUACACAAAUCUAAUUAGUUUGUUUUUGCUUAGUGUAUUAUUGAUAGCCUUCUCCAAUUGUAACUAAUCAAAUCCCUUAUAAUUCUAUAUUUGCCAGUGGUUUUCGAAUUUACGGCACAAAAGUCAUAUAACAACUUCUAAUCAUGCAUCUUAGAAACGCACUACGUUGCAGUUGUAACGCUCGGUUUUCUCGUCCAUAUGAAUGGGACGCUAAUUUACCUUAACCGAAUAUCUAAACUAGAUAUCCUCUCAGUGUCUAUUCUACAGGACUUGAACACAACUCAGAUCAAAAACACGUGACUCGUCCAACUAGAGCGUAAGUAUAUUCACACACCAAAAACCGACAACAAUCACAAUAAUAAUAAGGGUGGGAAAAUAUAUAACUCAUCUAGUACCUGUUAGACUAUCCACUAGUCUGACUAAGCAAACAACCAAUCAUUAUCUCCCCCCCCACGUAUCAUUUACUUACGCUAGAGAUUUUUAAGGUUGUUCGUAUGUAAUUUCUCCAACUAAUUUUUUACUAUCACUUUACGGCAUAAAUUCUAAAUACAAUAUUUUCUCCUUUUGUGUUAGAAGCCGUACCAUUUUUACCGUAUUAUGUCAACUGGGCUUGCCCUUGGUUUCGCUGUCGAGGGUGCACCCUGGCACUUGGUUUCUCAUUUAUUCCCAGAUAAAGUUGGUGGGCGACCAGCUUGGCUAGCUCUUCAACACUUACCAUCUCCUAGUGAACUAAAGUGUGCAGUAUGUUUGAAUCCAAUGUGUUUCCUCUUACAGAUAUACUCCCCUCUAUCUGAAAAACCUGACUGUUUUCAUCGGAUGUUAUUUUUAUUUAUGUGCCGAAAUAGUGAAUGUCAUUAUAAGCCUGAUCAUGUACCAUUCUAUGUGUUUCGAUCUCAGUUAUCAAGACAAAAUUGCUAUUACAGCUUCGAGCCCCCUGAGAACGAAUUUCCCAGUCGCGAAAUGUUAAACUCGAUGAUAAAGGCUAACUCUAUUCCAUGGGCUGGCAAAUAUUCAUCUAUCUGCCCAAUUUGUGGAUGUAAAGCAGACAAAACUUGUUCAAAGUGUAAAGCCACUUCUUAUUGUUCUAAAAUGCACCAGGUUCUAGACUGGAAACGACACAAGUUAGAAUGUGGUUCGAAAUGUCACGAUUUCAUGUUAUUAUUCGAACAAAAUAGCUUCUUACUUCCUGAGUACCGUUUAUGUUCUGAACCUGCAGACAACUUUUCUUCAAAUGAUGAAAGUACUUCAGAAGAGGUGGAAACUGACACUGAAACUGUAGACCUGGGACUUUCAAAGUAAAUCAGUCGUAAUGUGACUUUCUGUUAUGUACAAAUGUGGAUGAUAAUUUAAUCCACUACUUUUAUCGUUUUAUCAAAAUGUGACAGUUUUACAUGACACUAACCUUUGUACUUGCUUGUUUGACAAAUGUUUGAAGUUAUUAGGGCAAAAAUCAUGGACUUCGCCUUUUUUCGUGCUGACUUUUCAACUGUGUCUGAAAUCCUAAAGAAACUCAUGCUAUAUUAGUUUCAAAUAAGUGUUACUUAACCCCAGUUCAAAGUUAUUAUUAAUAUGCUACUCUGUAUACAAUAGACGUAUUACAUUAUAAACCAUACCAACGCAUCACACUCAUAGACGCUUAGUGUUAUUAUCUACCUAAUGAAACUAAAGUAAGCUUUGUUAAGACCACUGGUUUCUCAGUCAUUACCCUGAUUUUAAAAUCACAGCCCUUAAAAUUGUAUAAAACAUCCAACAAAUUAAGAUUAGAACGUGGUAGACUGGUUUACAUAUUAGAGGAAUUAGAAUAGUGAAUUGAAUAGUAUUAAGUUAGGUCGAGCAUUAUUAGUACGAUUUAUACUCCAUUAAUUAAUCUGUGAUACUGACAUAGUUUACGCUGUAUACUCAAAACAUGUUGCGUUUAAGAUGGUUUGAUAGCAAAGUACUUUCUUGCAUUUAUUAAUUGUUGUUAGAAAGACAGCUAAUGAUGCAAUGAAGAACUUCCUGCAAAAGUAAUUGUGGGUUGUAAGAAUGUGGAAAAAAACAGGGCUAAUAAUAUCAACAUGUAGGGACAAAACAAGUUAUAUAAAGAUAUGUCGAAAUGAACAUUUUGAUUUGUGUUUCACGAUAUUGUCCAGUUUUUCAUGAAGUAAUAUUUACACAAUAAUCGUCAUAUGGUUUAAAUUUAUGUCAUUUACCUACAUAUUUUUAUGAAUUUAUUGGCGACUAGGGGAAAUGUGGAGAAACUUUAUAUACAGUGGUCAAUAACUUUUUAGAACCAGCACUAAAUCGCACUAUAAAGUUGUGACUCAAUCGUUUAGGUAUCCGAUUUUCGAAUAUUGUCAUGAGUUUGAGUACCGUUUCAGAGACUUUAUCAGUCUCAUACAAUUUACCAAGCACUUCCUAUAUAUGUUGGGCUUACACGUAUCCAAAUCAAUGUAUCGACUUAGCAGUAAUCCUAUACAACUGUAACCUUAGCCUUUAAUCCAUGCAAUAAGCAGGUCUGUCUAUUUCAUAGCAUAUCUAUCUUCAAUUUUAUUACAGUAAUGUUCUUUUCUGUGAAUACUUUCAGCCAUUUUCGAGUAAAGACAACAGCUUUAUUUUCUUGCCACAAAAAUGAAAGUGUGGUUUAUCAUUUUCACCAAGACGAAACACGCUAAAUACUCAGGUGAUAUGUAAUAACGUUUUCAUCUUAUACGUUAUCCUUCUGUUUCUGGUGUUAGUAAAAAUCGUUUGUUUGUUUAAUGUUAAAAUUUUUCAGUGAUUCUGAAGUUAAAGCGCUUGAAUUUAUAGCCAAGAAAGAGACUAAAGAAGAAGCCAGAUUUAGAAUGUUUAGAGAAGCAAUGAAAUCGGCUCCUGACCAAGUCGUACGAUUUCAUAGAGGUGGUAAACCCAUUUGGCUGAGUAACGAUCCUGUAGAAGUUGAAAAAUGUGAAGUAUGCGGUUCCGAACGUGUUUUCGAAUUUCAGGUUACUCCUCAAAUAUUGUUUCACUUAAAAUUGGAUAAAGUUGGUGAAUUAAAUCCAGAUUUCGGUUCGCUUUACGUUUUUACUUGUUCUAAUUCAUGUGAACUUCCUAGAAGAAAAAAAUGUACAGAAGUAUCACCUUCUAAAUGUGAUAAUGCAUUUAUUGAAUAUCAACGUGAAAUUGUCAUUCGUCAAAUGGUUCCAUAAUUGAUUAACAAUUAUUUUUAUGUGAAGGGUUAGAUGGCUUGAUUUUAAAAUAAAAAUUGAUCCAAGUACAGAUUUGAUCAGUAGUUCUGUUGACUAGAUAUUGAUAUAAAACUGUGUAAAUCGGUAUCACUUUCUUUUUACGGCGUUAGACAUUACUACUAUCAGUUAUUAUAAAAGCAUAUAAAGUUCUCUUUCACUAUUUUGUUAAAUGUUGGAACGCAUCUGUUUUCGUUAUUAUUUAUUAUUAAUCUGUUGAUUUAAUCAAUUAAAAAAGCAUUUAGAAUGUUAUUGCUACCACCAAACUGAUCGACAACCGUAUUAAAUUUUAGAGUGCUGAAACGAUAAUCUCUGUCUGUUCAUAUCAACUUGUAGUGUCUACACCAUUGAUAGGUCUGUAUCGAUGGCGUAAGCAGAUAAUUAUUAUCGACAAAUUACAUUUAUGUUCUAUUGAUUUGCAAUAAUUCCUUAUAUAUAAUGAGGGUCUAUGCAACUCUUAAUUAAUGCCACCUAGAAGAAUUCCUUUCACACUGUUACAUCAAAACUUAUCUAAAUAACAUAAAAUAUCGAAGUCCCAAUAUAUAUUUCCGUAAUUUAUAAAUUUUCCAAGUUACCAAAACAGAAAGCUUGGAAAAAUUAACUCUAGAAGUAAUGAAAACUGGAUAUUUAAACGAAGAUACCGGUAUCAUCUUAAAGUUUACAACAUACUUUAGCAGGGUGAUUAGCCAUAUUCCUUUAUAAACACAACCACGUUAGGUGACUAAAGUCAAUUAGCAUUCAGCUUGACCACUUAGGUUCCUUUCGGGAUAGUUGAAACAAUAAGAAUUGUCAGUCUAUCGAAGUACUGAGAUGUGGGUGAUUGUAAAUUUCCAGUAAUUAAUAUGACGAAACUCAAUAAAUCAAUGAGCAAAUCAUUUUCUUGUAUAUAAUAUAGAAUAAAUGUGAUCAGAAGAUACUUUGUAUGCAAGACAUCGUUGGAACUAAUUAGUUUUCUGUAUAGACCCUGACUGUUGUUGGGUGCUAUAUUAACAGUUACUGUUUAUCAUCGAAAUUAUUAGUCUUUAACUACGAUUAGUCGUUGGAGACUAGGUGACAUGUCUCAGAGUUGUCCACAAUGACACAGGUGCAUUCACUUUUGAUUUUCAAAUCCAGUACUUCUUCAUUCCUAAACCAACCUCAUUAUGAUUUAUUGAAUAUGGCAGAAUGACAUAAAACAAUAUAGAAAUGGUAAGAAUACCAGAUGCCUGGUUCGCUCCAUUCUCUCCCAUGAUAAUUUUAAAUUGGUGAGUCGAAAUACAUUUCAAUGCCAUGGACCUGCAUAGUGGAUUUUUUCGCAGUUCUCACGCCAGUAUCAUUUUUUCUAACUUUCUGAAGUAAUACAGUACAUUCGUUUUGUAAACCAUUCGGAGCGGUAAAUUAUAUUUCUGAUAGUGAAAUAUCAAAUUGUGGUAUUCUACUUUCACUCUCGAAAUUUCUACGAAUGCACGUAAAAUAGGGAGAUCAUUAUAUUAUCAGGUUUAUGAAUAUCUGAAUGGCAUCCCGCAGGGAAGUUCCUAAAAUUGGCCGUUCGUAUACUAUUAUGGAAAUAUUAUAUUCACUUGCUAGAUUAUUAGAAUAAAUCCAUGUUUUGUUAAUAAAAAGGAUUUGUUAGUCCUGGUAGAUUUCGAUACAUACAUAUUUAUAAUUACACCAUUAGAAAGUCUUUAGAUCCCACUAUUAACAUUUCAUUGUUCUUCAAUUAUUAUCAGCAACAUUGUUAAAAUAUAGGAGUACAAAAAGAUUAUUCUGUGCGGUGGAUUGGUGGUCAAGCGAUUUGACUUUAAAGCAGUAAGUUGCAAGUUCGGUCCCUAUUCCGAAUAAUUUUGCUCAGGUGGUCGGAUAAAUGACGGUCUUGAAUUUACGGAAUAUAAUAUAUCCAGUUUUUACAUCGUCCUUUGUUGUCUUACGAUUGGUGAAAAUAUUCUGAAGCUUAAAUUAACUACUUAUUGAACGAUAGCUGAAUUCUUGAUUAGAUUUGAAGGAGAUAACUAACUGGUAAUUAUGCCAAGACUUUGUUUCAUUUACCUGAUGAAAAUCCAAUAGCCCACCCCGAGUUUCAUUUAGUUAAAGUUAUUCAAGGUCGUUCUGAUGAUGAUGAAGUUUGAAAUCCAAUUCUAAUUUGUCAAAUUUACUGUUUUAUCUAUACAAUACGAGUAUUUCAAAUAAUUACAAAAAGAUGUGCUUCAUUGGUUACAAAAACCACAACAUCUACGCUACUCAGUACAAAUAUGUGUAAAUAUAAGCAGAUUUUUAUCAUUACAAUGAAAUGUGACUAACCAAUUACUACAACUACAACAACAACUACUACUACUAUUACUGUGGUAUGUGCUACUUAUGUCGACAUAAGUAGUAUAUAACGCUAGUCAGAAAUAGAAUGUCUAUCAUCAGAAGGUUGAGAGGAUCGAGGAGGGAAGAACGGGAACAGAAAUUGGUAUGGAAAUGCAGGAACAAAGAAGUCUGAGACAGUGAAAAUUUCGCAAAUAAAUUAUUUAUUGUAUAGUUCUCAGAUUUUACUAUGUUCUGUAAUUUUAUAUUCAAAUAUAUUCGAUUGUCCCCA